AUGGGUGGGUCUGUACGAGACGUGAACUCAAAGGGAGAGUUGGAUGAGGUGGUUGGCGGUGGUUCUCCCGUCGUGCUUCACUUCUGGGCAUCAUGGUGUGAAGCUUCAAAACACAUGGACCAACUCUUCUCUCACUUGGCCACUGAUUUCCCUCACACCCAUUUCUUAAGGGUUGAAGCUGAAGAACAGCCAGAGAUAUCCGAGGCUUAUUCCGUCUCUGCUGUUCCUUUCUUUGUAUUCUUCAAGGAUGGCAAGACCAUUGACACAUUGGAGGGAGCUGAUCCGUCAAGUUUAGCCAACAAGGUUUCUAAAGUAGCAGGGUCGAUACACCCUGGUGAUGCUGCAUCUCCUGCUAGUCUUGGGAUGGCUGCAGGAUCUGCUGUUCUCGAAACAGUGAGAGAAUUAGCACAAGAUAAUAUCCCUUCAAAGGAAAAAAGUAAACUUCAACCAGGGCUUAGUAGUCAUCUCAAAAAGCGAUUGCAGGAUCUCGUCGACUCUCAUCCUGUCUUGCUUUUCAUGAAAGGAAGUCCUGAGGAGCCACAGUGUGGAUUUAGCAGAAAAGUUGUUGAUAUUCUGAAGGAAGAAAAGGUCAAGUUUGGAAGUUUUGACAUCCUCUCAGAUUCAGAGGUACGUGAGGGCUUGAAGAAGUUUUCCAAUUGGCCCACAUUUCCUCAGCUUUACUGCAAAGGAGAACUUCUUGGUGGGUGUGACAUAGCAAUUGCUAUGCAUGAAAGUGGGGAAUUAAAGGAUGUUUUCAAAGAUCAUGGUAUUGAUACCAUCGAUGAAGCAAAUAUAACAGAUUCAGGAACCGCCAAGGGUGGUAUUUCUAAAUCUACAGAUUUGAGUACAGCAUUAACUGCUCGGCUGGAAAGCCUGGUCAAUUCAGGCUCAGUUGUGCUGUUUAUGAAGGGAAAACCAGAUGAACCUAAGUGUGGUUUCAGUAGGAAGGUAGUUGAAAUUCUCCGACAAGAGAAAGUCCCCUUUGAGAGUUUUGACAUUCUUACUGAUGAAGAAGUCCGUCAAGGACUUAAGGUUUUCUCAAACUGGUCCAGUUAUCCUCAACUUUACAUUAAGGGGGAGCUUAUUGGCGGAUCAGACAUUGUGUUGGAGAUGCAAAAAAGCGGGGAACUUCAGAAAACUUUACAUGAGAAAGGCAUUCUUCCAAAAGAGACCAUUGAUGAUCGAUUGAAGAAAUUGAUUUCCUCUUCCCCUGUCGUGCUCUUCAUGAAAGGUACCCCGGAAGUUCCAAGAUGUGGUUUUAGUUCCAAAGUUGUAAAUGCCCUCCGAGAGGAGGGUGUGGAAUUUGGUCACUUUGAUAUAUUGAGUGAUGAUGAGGUGAGACAAGGAUUGAAGGUAUUUUCAAACUGGCCUACUUUUCCUCAGCUUUACUACAAAAGUGAGCUGAUAGGCGGUUGCGAUAUCAUCAUGGAGCUGCGAAAUAAUGGAGAGCUAAAGUCGACUUUAUCUGAGUAG